AUGACCAAGCCCGACCCCAAAGCUAGAACGAACUAUGACAAUACCGACUGGAAAAAAUACCAACAAGGUCGACCCCCAUAUCCUCAAUCAUUCACUAAGCUAGUCUACGACUACCAUCGUCGUCACCCCUCCGCAGGAUGGGAGCGUCUCGUUGACAUUGGCGCUGGGUCCGGCAUCGCGGCCACUGACUUCAUGGCGGAUUUCAAGAUCAUUCAUAAUUCUGAUCCUAGUCCAUGGAAUGAGCAACAAGCUCGUGCGUUCCUCUCGACUUAUGCAGAAGACCACGGCCUAACUCCCGAGCUGGAAUUCUCCCAGUCAACCGGAGAAGAAGCUUAUAAGCAUGUAGGCGAGGCAGCAGCGGAUCUUGUCAUUGUCGCAACCGCCGCACAUUUCAUGGAUCCCGAUGGACUAGCUGAAUGUGCUGCGAAGAUCCUUCGCCCAGGAGGGACUUUGGCUGUGUACAGUUAUUGGAUUCCUAGCUUCCCCGAUCGCUCGCAACGCUUCAAUGAUAUCUUCUCUAAAACAUUCGAUAAUCUGGUCCUCAAAGCUCUAGAAGUGGGCAACGAAGCAAAUCGUGCUAAAUUUCUUGAUGUUGUCAAACGCCGGAUGACUGGUGAGGGCUGUCUGGACUCGCUGCCGUUACCCACCAAACACUUUGAAGAAACUAAGCGCAUCUACAUCAAUGCUGGAAGAGGGAAGGUCCCUUAUAAAGAUCUGUAUCAGCGACUAGUUGACCCGGGGAAAACGGUCGGCGGUGUUUCUAGGGUUAGCGAGAAUGAUGAGAUCAUUCGGUAUAAGACGGAUGAAGAUAUACAGGCCGAGGGGUGGGCAUUUGAUGCAGGCAAGGAAUGGUUCCCGAUCUUCUUUAACUCAAUGCGGGCCGCCACUAGCCAGAUGACGCAGGAAGAAGCGAGGGAGGCGUAUCAAGAGUGGGAAGAAAUUUUUGAUGAGGAAUGUCCAAACGGUACAGUGAGGGUGUAUUGGCCUUUUUAUGCUGCGUUGGCCCGAAAGAAGUAG